UCAAGGGAGAAUGUUGUCAGCCUCUGGGUACUCGGUCCGGUAGGGAAGACCCGAGUGGUACCGACUCUGGUCCAAGAGUUGCCGCAGGCACACAGGUGUUGAGUUUGCGUAUUAACUUAACUCUGAAGGAGUUUGCGUCAGCUGGUUGCAGUUGGCGUUUGUUGGAGCAAUUCUAUCGGCGUGACAGAACAGCUUAGUGGAGGCUUCGGGCGGCUGACCCUUUCCUCUGGGACUCUCGUGCCACGAAGAGCUUUUAGGGGAGCUCAAGAAGCUGAACUUGAAUUGAGGAGAUUAGGUUUUAACAAAACCUCAGGACACGCCCUCUCAGAGAUAGAAAGCUUUGGUUAUGGAGCAAAAACAUGUGAGGUGCAGUUACCUUUACCCUGAAUGCAGUGUCCUGCAUGGUGUGUUUAAGUGUACAUUACCUUCUUUACACUGUUAAACAUUACUGAUUAUCAUAAAUAAUAAUUAUUAUUAACCAAAGAAUAAUAAUUCAUUUCAGUAAUUAAAUACAUUUAUAAUGAACCAUGAUGAUUAUUUAUGAACCUAUUAAUAGGACAGUGAAAAGCGUUUAUUAAAAAUGAUUCUUUAAAACCUUGAAGUGUCCUUCAGCUUGCGGAUGGAACAGCAGUCAGAUUAAAGAUGGUUUACAGCAGACUUGUGUCUCCCGUGAUGUAUAAUCUGUGAAUAGAAGUACAGCGUGACCUAGCUGGGGAAGUGUGACCUUUGGGUCACAAAUGAGGCCAUUCUUGUCGCUACAGACAACAUCACAUCCAUCAGAUUCAUUCAUCACCUAAGUGUUUCCUAGUUGUCAUGUUUUUAAUUGUUUAGAAAAUAAAUUCUUACUUUUUAUAAACCUUUUCUUGAAGUAACACGAAAAAGCAAAGAAUCUUCUGAUUAAACAUUCAAAGACCAAGCAGGUUGAUAUUCUAUAUUUAUAUAGAAUAGUACAUCUUCCUGGUCAUAAGUAAAGGUAAUAUAUUAAGCUUAAAAGCACAAUAUUUACCCCUCUACGUAUUACAUGUACAACGUUACAUGUUAUUGUUUUACUGUGUUCUUAGUAUUCUUCAUGUUUUAUUAGUAUUUUUAUCUUCUGUUUUAGUUCCUUAGAUUGGUCGUGUUUUGUUUUGGCCUGUGCAGCACUUUGGGCAGCUCCCGUGUUGCGUUUUAAAUGUACUAAAUAAAUAAACUAUGGUAUGGUAUGCCCCGUCCAGGCUUCUGCAACAGCCCAGCAGAGCUGAAGGGAAGAAGCAGCUGAGACGGGGAAAUGCAUGUGUGAAUCCAAAAAGUGCUUUGGGGUGUUUAUAAUGAGGAAAUAACAACAAAACACAGUCACAUGCCACAAAAUGUGCAUUUCACAUGAAAAAGGUGCUUAAAGUUGAACGACCCUGAUGGUCUUUCUGUAAAGGUUGGACCAUUUGGGUCUUUGAGGGAUCUGCUACUGAAAGCGGAGCUGAACACAUGCACACAGACACCAGAAAAAGUUUUCACAAACACAAAACUUUGUGGUGUUCAGAGACUCAGGGGAACACAUCGCCCCCUAAAGGCCAUCAGCUUUCAUCACAUAAUGCUGCAACAGUGUUUGUGCUCACUAACGAGGCCAGCUGAGAUGCUUCCUAAUGGACACUUAUCAACAGUUUCAGUGGUAAUUAGUCCGGUGGGACCGAACAAAACCCUGACAGAUGUUCAUCAGAGCUCCGAGAAUACGGCUGAUUACACAAUGUGCUCUGUUUAACUUCAAACUGUGUGUGUGUGUGUGUGUGUGUGUGUGUGUGUGUGUGAGUGUGUGCAUCUUUCAUAGACCCAACCUACUGAGUUCAUGCUGCAGACUCUGGCCUCUAACGUUCUUGUGCUGCCAUGAACGGAGCCUAUUGAACGGCCUCUUCUCUUGCCUCUGGUAGGACUUCUGCCUGUCAGCUGUUUCCUUUUCCCUCCAUGAUGGUUUCUCCUGGUCCUCCUGCUCUUCACUGGGUUUCUGUGAUGUUCCCUUCUGCUCACUGGAGGCCUACAAAUGUUCUCCAGGAUCUUAAGCAUUCAAGGAUGAUUUAUUUGUCAUUUCAACACAUGUCAGACAUGAAAUGGAAGAAAAUCUGUGUCCCUGUCCGCGUCUGCAGUAUUUAACCCUUUGGCCUCUAGGGUUUUGCUGCUGCAUUUGCUUUUCCCCCAUUUAGCGGACGCUCGGGCCCGAAGGGGUCAAUCCUGGCUGUGAAAACCAAACGGCAGGAAAACAGCAAACUGCUGAAGCACUCAUGUUCCAGGAUGUACUGGGACACUUGUUUGUCAAUUCAAUUCAUUUUAUAAACAUAGCACCAAGUCACAGCUAGGGAUGGGUACCUUUGACAUUUGAAUCGAUCCGGUACUAAUUCCCGGUACCUAGGAAUCGAUACCGGUACUUAACGGUACCAAUUUUCGAUACUUUUGAGUGUUUAAUAUUUUUAAUUCUCUUUUAUAAUUAAAUAUAUAUUUGUCUCAAUUUAUAACAAUAUUUGAUAAAUAUCACGAUAAAUAACAUACAACUGUUUGUAUUUUAACAUCGUCCUUGUAGUUUUAUAAGCUGAUAAUUAAACUGAAGCAAACAUCUUUACUGUGAACUAAAUUUACUGUGUAUCUUCAUUCCUUUUGCCGUCUUUUUUCAUUUGAUUUUUCCUACUGGGAAGUUAGAAUUUCCGAGGAGAAAGCGAACGCACCAUUAGAUGAUAACAAUGGUGGCAAUGGAAGCUAACAUAUCAAGCUAACGUUAUCUUUAACAGUUUAUUUAACUGCUGGAGCAGAUUAAAACGAUGAUGCCUCACACUUAGAUCGUUGUCGCUGGUUUCAUCUUCACCCAAUCACCCGUCGCAUUUAGUAAAGUGAAGCCAAACUUUAGAGCGCGUUCAUGUUCAUCUGGUCGAAAAUUCGGAGUUCCGAGGAGAAAGCGAACGCACCAUUAGUGAAAUGGAAGCUAACAAAUCAAGCUAACGUUAUCUUAAACAUUUUAUUUACCUACCGGAGCUGCGCUGUUUACAACUGGCUCGCAGCGACCGAUGACAUAACGCUCUUGCGCAUGCACAGCUGUCUAGGCAAGUUCUCGUUGUGAAGGACGGGUACCGAAACGAGGCACCGUUUCAAAUGAAGUGAAUCGGUGCUCGGUCGGUACUGUGGAAUUCGGUCGGUACCUUAAAAAGUACCGAAUUCGGUGAUCUUCACGGUACUGAAGUGAGACAUCAUUCCACCUGAGGUCAGGUCCUGAUGUCCGAGGCUCCUCCCUCUGCGGUCAGCUCGAGGUGCCUGAACGCUAAAACAGCUACUUUCUGAUCUGCUUUGCCUGAGGCCCUGAAUCACACACAUGAUGUUCUUCUGUUUAAAUGAAGUAAUGAUGCGUGUUUCAACCACGCUUGUCUACUAAUCACACAUGAGUCCAGCAAGCCUCCGCUUCCUGAGCAGCUAAAGGAACAGGUGUGUCUUUCUAGCCGGGCAGAAGGUGUAGCUUCAGCCGAGUUGGUCCAAAAUGUGAACAGCUAGAUUCCUGAAGCUUGAGCCCGCUGCCACUGCUGCCCCUCUUAUGUGUUGGUGCAUGACCUUGGUCUUCUUCACACCGAUGCAGAGGUUUCCUCUACUCCAACCCUCCAGGUGUUCCACCUCCUUCCAGUGGGCGGACACGUCGUUGGUUUUGAAUGUAUGGAAAUCCGUGUAGCAGGAGCUCAGGAGGCCUUGUGAUUGGAGGGUUGUGGGAUCGAUCCCAGCUCCUACCUGCUGUUGGGUCCUUGGGAAGAUGCUUCGCCUUACUUGUCUGUGUUGGUGGAGGUGGUCAGAGUGGCUGAUGGUACAAAUGGAAGCAUCACCAUUGUCAGACCACCCCAGUGCAGCUGUGGCUACAUAGUAGCUCACCAUCACCAGCAGUGUGAAUGUGAGCGUGCAUAACCGUGUACCAGAGUCGGGUCCGAGCUGAUGUCACGUCUACAAAGAGCAGGCGGACAUGAGUGGGUGACGGCAUGUGGCACAUACUGGUACCGACCCUCACCUCCCUCCUCCUACCGUCCAGUCUCAGGGUGAAGGACGUGAGAUGAGACUCUCUGCUCUCUCUUCAAGGUCAUCUCCAGUGUGACCUUCAGGUAGCUCCGCCCCUUCAGCUCUGAUGUGUGCACCUCUCUGAGUUCGACCCAGAGGGUUUCAUCUUCAUCGGCUCUGGUUGUGACAAACUACAUGAAGCUGUCACAGGUUAUAGUGAUGGACCCUCAGGAGGUUCCUGAUGAGCACACCGGUGGUUACCGGGCAACAGCUGGUCUGUUGGACGCGACGCUCCAGAUAAAAGUGUGUGUGCUGUCUCAGCUGGUGGUCUGGGGGUGGAGUGUGUGCGUGUCUCCUUUAGGCUUAAAAACAGGAGCUGAACUUAGUGAUGAAUCUGGUUCUGAGAGGCUCGGUUCGCUCAGAUCAGAACCUCACUCUGCUGAAUAGUGCACAGCUAGUGUGUGUGUGUGUGUGUGUGUGUGUGUGAGACCUCUGACACCACGCCGUUCGUGUUUUUGUGCCACAGUUUCCUCUGCAGAUGAUUUCAGGGUUUUGUUUACUGAUGUUUGAAAUGAAGUUUUGACUUGUUCUGUGACGAAACGCUCAGCGCCGGUCGGACUCUGGUUCUGGUCUGAUCCGGAUUCCUGGUAAGACUCGGGUCCGGACCUGCAGAUGAAACAUGAACUGGACUUUGGACCUGGACAUCCUGACCCUGGAGGCUCUGAAGGUGAACUCCCAGUCCUUCCUGCCUGCCUUCAUCCUCCUGCUCCUUGUCUAUGUCUUCAUCGUGGUGUCCAAUGUGGGCUUGGUGGUUCUGAUCCUGGCUGGUCAGACCCUUCAGCAGCCGAUGUACCUUCUCUUCUGUAACAUGAGCAUCAAUGAUGUUUUUGGGGCCACGGUUACUGUCCCCCAUGUCCUCAGAGACCUGAUCCUGUGGGACAUGGAGCGCCACGUCCACUACACUGACUGUGCUGUCCAGGCCUUCUGCGUCCACCUCCACGCCAGCGUCUCCCACACUGUCCUCAUGAUCAUGGCCUUCGACCGAUACGUGGCUAUCUGCAGCCCACUGAGGUACGCCACCGUGAUGACCCACAAGAUGGUGGUGAGUCUGUCCUGGGCUGCCUGGGGAUCAGCUGCGGUGCUGGUUCUGGUUCUGAUCGGUCUCAGCUUGCGCCUGUCACGCUGCCGAAGGCUGGUCUUCAACCUGUACUGCGACAACGCCUCUCUAUUCAGCCUCUCGUGUGAAAACCUCCUCGUCAACAACAUCUACGGACUCGGCUACACGGUGGUUCUUCUGGGCUCGUCCAUCUGCAGCAUCAGCAUCACCUACCUGAAGAUCGCCGUCGUGUGUCUCCGCAGCAGGAGCAAGGUCCUGAACAGCAAAGCGCUGCAGACGUGCGUCUCUCACCUGGUGGUCUACAUCACCCUGCUGGUGUUGGGCUUCGUCAUCGUCAUCCUGCACCGCUUCCCACAGCUGUCUGACCACAGGAAGGUGGCGGCGGUCCUCGGCCACAUCGCCCUUCCUGCUCUGAACGCCAUCAUCUACGGGCUGCAGAUCAAAGAGGUCCGGCGGAAGAUCAGGGCUGUGUUUCAGAAGAACCAAGUGAAGUGAUCCUCAGAAUCCUCCCAGAUGUUUGUCUGGUUCCUGACCUUCAGUCCUGACUUCACAAUAAAAGUUUUACGACAUCAGCUAGCCUGUUCAGAACCAAACUCAUCACUCUUCCCAUGAUGCACUUGGAGGGC